CCAAAUUAGUGGAUGUUCAUCCAUCAAUCCGGAUGCUUAAGAGCCUUAAACUUUUGAAUUUAAGAGAUUGCAAAAGUCUUACGACUCUUCCAACCAAAAUCGGAAUGGAAUCUCUAGAAACAUUAAUUCUUUCGGGUUGCUCAAGUCUUGUAAGGUUUCCGGAGAUUGAUGGGAAAAUGGAACGUUUAAAACUCUAAAUCUUUCCGGUUGUUAUAGAGUGGAAAAUUUAUCGGAGAAUUUGCAGCAAGCAAAGUUUUUGGAAGAGCUCGACUUGAGUGAAACAGCCAUAACAGAACCACCAUCCUUCAUUUUUCAAUUUAAAAAUCCUAAAGUUCUGUCUUUCAAUGGGCGCAAGGGACCAUCAUAUAAGUUACUACCAAAUUUGCCUUCUCUUUUCAAGGUAAUCCAAGGAAGAAGGACGAAUCCCAUGGCUCGGAUGUUGCCUUUGUUGUCAUGUUUGAGUUCUUUAAGAGAGCUAAAACUAAAGGACUGCAAUCUUUGUGAAGGAGAUAUUCCACGUGAUCUUUCUAGUCUAUCCUGUUUGGAAGAACUUGAUCUUAGUGGUAACAAUUUCAUCAGCAUACCUGCAUCUCUUACUCGACUCUCCAAGCUUGAAGAGCUUAGAUUGUCAAAUUGCAACAUGUGCACUCUUGGUGAAGCAGAUAUUCAUGGUCUAUCCUCUUUGAAACGACUUUUUCUUGACGGUAACAAUUUCAUCACCGUUCCUUCGGCUCUGACUCAACUUUCCAAGCUUAAAUUGCUUGCAUUAUCAAAUUGCAUGAAGCUUAACUCGUUGCCUGAGCUACCAACAAGUAUAGAAGAUGGGUGGCUAGAUAGUUGUUCUUCACUUGAAGUAGUUGCAAGUCCAUCAAAAGUAUGCAAUUUAGUGUGUUGUGGUGACAUUAGUGCCAUUAACUGCUUCAAAUUGGCUGAGAAAAUCAAUGUAUUAACACUGCUGAAAGAACAUAUUAAGGCACUUCCAAAAUCAAGAAAAUUUUUUGAUGAUGGCUUCUUUGAUAUUAUGAUGCCCGGAAGUGAAAUUCCAGAAUGGUUUAGCCAACAAAAAAGUGACUCUUCAAUUAAGAUACCACUUCGGAAAGAUAGUGAAUGGAUUGGAGUUGCUUGUUGCUGCAUUUUUGUCAGUAAUGAUGCUUCAGGGAAUAAGGCGUCUAUCGGCAUUGAUGGAUCUAUUUUUCGAGGUAGAAAUUGUCGACCAAUUGAUUGGAGAAACCAGUGGGUAGGUCGAUACUUUCACAAGCCCAUAAUGAAAGAUCACCUUUUUCUUCGUUAUUUUCCGCGUGAUAAAUAUGGUGACUGUGAAACCAAUAAUUUAUGGACAACAGAUUGCUUAGAUCAAAUAUGCGAUGAGCUUGAGUUGUCUUUCAAUACCGGAUUUGGACCAAAUUACCGUUGUGUUAAGGUGAAGAAGUGUGGUGUUAGAAUAGUGUAUGAGAAAGAUUUGGAAGAAAUGAAAGAGUUGCAGUGCCAUACCACUCAAUCUUCUCCAAAUUUUGAACACAUCCACCAACACUCUGCUCACAACCAUGGAUCAGUAGGUAGCACUUCUCACAUAAAACGGAAACGUAAUAUCUAUGAGGAAACGGAGGAAGAAGAGCCGCAACCAAAACGGAUGCAAAAUUUUUUCAAUUUUGUAAUGGGCCAAUCAAGAAAGAAGCAUUAA